CAUUCGUGGUCCAUCCUAGUUGUUAUCCUCCAUAAACUUAGUUGUUUUUGUGGCUGACACAAACGGAAUUGAAUGGGAUGAGAUACUCCUUGAGAAAACAUUGAUGUCUGUCCCGCAGAGACAAAGUUCGGGCAGUUUAAUAAACUUUUUGUGACAGAGGCAAUGAGGAAAGAGUGAGAUCUCCAGCCCAGGAACAGAAACGGUGUUGAGAUAAGGAGGAAGGAGGCAGACAACGACGGGCCUCCACGUCUCUCCUGCCAAAGUCCAAGCCACGAGGCCGCAAGACCGCGAUGGUGAUGAUGGAGGCAAGGGUGAUGUGUCACCGGUCGGGUCGGUCCGUCCGUCCGUCCGUCUGCAGAACUAUAAAUACGGAAAGGGUCGGACCUCCUCCAGAACAGAACUGAAGGAACAGAGCCCGGCUGGAGGAGGCCAAGGCAGGGCAGUUGUUUACCAAAGAUCUCCACCCAACCCAAAGCCACCAUGUUUCUGAAGGGAGCUGCCGUCUUCCUUGGCCUCUUGGCCAUCAUUCCAGGAGCCCAGGCCGAGGUCAGCGCUGACCAAGUGGCGGAUGUCGUCUGGAGCUACUUCUCGCAGCUGGGCAACAACGCCAAGGAGGCCGUGGCCGGACAGAUCCCCACGUCAACAGAGAUCAGCCAGAAGCUCAACUCCCUCUUCCAGGACAACCUGGACACGGUCAGCGCCUAUGCCCUGGAGCUGCAGAAGCAGGUGGUGCCCUUUGCCGAGCAGCUCCACGGCCGCAUGGCGGAAGACUCCCAGAAGCUGAAGGAGCAACUACGAGAGGAGCUGGACCAGUUGCGCGCCCGCAUCACGCCUCGCGCCGAAGAGGUCCGGCAGCAGAUGACCGGCGCCAUCCAGAACCUGCAGGCCCAGCUCGGCCCGUACGCCGAGGAGCUGCGCAGCCAGGUGAACCGCAACGCGGCCGAGCUGCGCCAAGGGCUGGAGCCGCUGGCGGAGGAGAUGCGUGCCAAGCUGCAGGAGAACGUGGCCGACCUCCACGGGGCCCUCUCCCCUUACGCCGACCGGCUGCAGCAGCGCAUCGAGGCGCAGGUGGGGACCCUGAAGGCCGCGCUGGACCCCUACGCCAACAAGCUCAAGGCCGAGGCCGACCGGACCCUGGAGGAGCUGCGCGCCGGCCUGGCGCCCUUCGCCCAAGACGCCCAGGGGCAGCUCAACCGCCAGCUGGAGGGCCUCUCCUUCCAGAUGCAGAAGGGCAUUGAGGAGCUGCGGGCCAAGCUCUCCGAAGGGACCCUCGACCUGGAGGCCAAGCUGAGCCCCUUGGCCCACGAGCUGCGGGAGAAGCUGCAGCGCGCCUCUGAGCUGCGGGAGAGCCUGGCGCCCUACCUGGACGGGCUGGGCGGGCAGAUCGAGGGCCGGAUCGAGGAGUUCCGCCAGGCGGUGGGGCCCCACGGAGAGAGCAUCAACCGGCUCCUGGUGCAGAAGGUGGAGGAGAUGAGGAGCAGCCUGGAGCCCUACGCCGACCAGGCCGGGGACCACCUGGGCUUCCUGGAGAAGAACCUGAGGGACAAGCUGGCCUCCUUCUUCGAGGCCCUCAAGCAGAAGGAGAACUGAGGGACAGUCCGCAGUGGUCUUGUGCCUUCGUGACUCUGGGGUCUUUGGGCUUCAGAGCUUGAGGUCCUCCAAACUCCCACAAUGGCCUUCGUCUAGGACUCCAGUCCUCUUGCACUUCAGAGCUUGAGGUCCUCCAAACUCCUACAAAAUCCCACAGUGGCCUUUCUUUCUUCUGUGACUCCAACACUCUUGGGCUUCAGAGCUUGAGGUCCUCCAAACUCCUACAAAAUCCCACAGUGGCCUUUCUUUCUUCUAUGACUCCAACACUCUUGGGCAGUGGUUCUCAACUUGGGGUCCUCAGAUGUUUUUGGCCUACAACUCCCAGAAAUCCCAGCCAGUUUACCAGUUGUUAGGAUUUCUGGGAGUUGAAGGCCAGAAACAUCUGGGGACCCCAGGUUGAGAACCACUGCUCUUGGUAUUCUAAGGUUGAGGUCCUCCAAACUCCCAUGGAAUUCCCACAAUGGCCUUCUAUGACUCCAACCCUCUUGAGAUUCCAAGGUUGAGGUCCUACAAACUCCCAUGGAAUUCCCACAAUGGCCUUCUAUGACUCCAACCCUCUUGAGAUUCCAAGGUUGAGGUCCUACAAACUCCCACAGAAUCCCACAAUGGCUUUUCUUUCUUUUUUUCUAUGACUCCAACCCUCUUGGGUUUCAGAGCUUGAGGUCCUCCAAAAUUCCCAUAAAAUCCCACAAUGGUUCUCUGACAGAAGCUUUUCCAACAACACAGGGAGUAAAACAGGGGUGCUUACUGGCCCCUACUCUUUUAACAUCUAUAUGGAUGUUUUAGUGCUUUGUUUAGCUAAAACUGACUCUCCUUCACCAGUAGUCAGGAAGAGAAAGAUUUUCACCCCGACGUAUGCAGACGAUCUAGCGCUCAUCUCGCUCUCUCGGUUGGAUCUUUAAAAUCUUCUGGAAGCUUUCAGGACCUUCUGCCAAGAGGAAUAUCUGUCAAUAAAUUACUCCAAGACCAAGGUUAUGGGUUUUGGCAGGCACUUCCCCAGGGAUACGUGGUCUUUAGACCAACAUGCCAUAGAGCAAACAAUGGCCUUUUGCCUGUGACUCUCUCACUCCAGUGGCAUUUUGGAGGACCUUACGCUCGGAAGCCCAAAGAGAGAGGAAACUUUCAAAACUGCCGAUUAUUUGGCAUCUCUGUUACUCUGUUACUUGUUCGCUGCUGCUAGCAACCUCCGCACACUUGAUAUGUCUGUGCAAACACAUCUGGCUGGCAAAGGUUACACAUUGUGCCGUAAUAAACGAGCAACUCAGCAAUG